UUGCCUUCAUUAUACAGACAACUAAACUUGCUAAUCGCUCUAACACCGAGGCGCUGAAGUUGUUCAUUCCGAUGCUUUAUUUUUGUGCGUACAGAGUUACACUGCCCCUUAAAGAAUCAGCCCGAGACCUCGAUUGUGUCAUCUCAUUUUAUCUUUGGCUGCAUGUGUAGCUUUAAUAAAAAGAAUCACAUUUCUAAUUUUUAGCUCUCCCCCCACCCCACCUAAAUAAAGUUUAGGAUGCCACCUUAUGCCAAUAAAGCAUCCCUUUAAAUCAAUCAUCAAUAAUAUUUAUUAUGGAAUUGAAUAUUGUAAGUUGCCACAGUGGCCGUUUGUCCCGCAGACAAUGCGGGUCCAGCUUGCGAUUGACUCUUGUCGUUCUUCGCUGUCGGAGGAAGGGUAGGUUGUGUUAAUAAUUGUCCAUUUCUAGAGGAGCCCAUCGGAAGGCGGCACUUUCCUCAUCAUUGUGUAUUUCAUCACACCAGUUAGACGAUGCUGGUUCAAGAGCUAUUGUGGCGUGAGACUUUCACUUCAGUCGCAUGUUGUGUUCCUCCGAGAAACUGGCGCGUUGAAGUAGUUUGCAACCUCAGAAAAUAUAAAUCACUGCAAAAUCAAUUAGUCAUUUCUCUUUUGUAGCGGAGAUUGCAGCCAAUGGUUCAGAAGCUUGGACGCACUCUGAAUUUUGAGAGAGCUCGGAACGGUGCAACCAAAGAGAAUGAGGUGCUUAUGUGAAAGGUAACAAUUCGUGAUGCACGGACAGGAAUGCAGAGAAGGUGAUUCAAAACGAAAUCCACCGCUUCAUUACGCGACGGAGUUUCCGCGGAAUUCUCCGCCGUAAUUUCAACGGAAUCCACGGAUCAGUUACCAAAGUUGUGGCAGGCGUCCGAGAGAGACACAACACACACAUUCCAAGGAAGUAGGUCGCUGGAGCGGACAGGGAUAAAGCUUCAACUCAGCACUUGUUCUGUGUGGAGUCUGCUGGCGGACCGCUGGGGGUUACAAGAGGGGAGUACUACUGCCGGGGCUCCUGUUUCUGCCUGGUCUCCAACGUCGUCCCUUGCUGAAAUUGACGUAUGUGUGGGAUACUGAAUGAGGGCAGUGUCGGGUUCAACUGCGCGGCUCCACGUGAAGAAAUGGCAGGUUGCCGCUUCUGACAAGACUUCCACGAGUGGUGGCAACUUGGGAAAAGUACCAGAGGGUGAAUGGAAUCAUUCUCCAUGAAGGACGUAUUACCUUCAGGGAAGGAGAGAAAAUCCAUGGCAGAAAGUCCCUGACAGGCUGGAUGAAAUGAGAUUCCCAUGUAGCAAUUGCCAUGGAAACCUGUGACUCCCCUACUAUCGCUAGGCAGGAAAAUGGGCAUAACACUUCAAAGCUAUGUGGAACGACACAAGUUGAUAAUGAGGUGCCAGAGAAAGUUGCAGGGAUGGAGGCUGACAGGAAAAGUAGCGCCACGGAUGACAACCUGAGAACAGACGAGCACAGAAGCAAAAGCUUGUUGGAUUUCGGCGUGGAGAAUGCUGCCACCACUCAGGUUACCUCAGCGAAAGAGAUCCCUUGCAACGAAUGUGCCACUUCUUUCUUAAGUUUACAGAAAUACAUGGAGCAUCACUGCCCGAAUGCCCGUCUUCCUCUUCUGAAGGAUGACAAUGACAGCGAGAUAAGUGAAUUGGAGGAUAGCGAUGUGGAGAAUCUGACAGGGGAGAUAGUUUACCAACCUGAUGGGUCGGCGUUUAUAAUAGAGGACUCCAAAGACAGUGGGAAGAACGUGCAGCCAGAAAUGAACAGUAAGCUCUUUCCCUCGGCACUUUUUCUGAACUCGCUCACAGCAGCUGGGGAAAAGAAUGAGCAAGCAACCGCUACACCAAUGUCGUUCUACCCGCAAGUCAUCAACACUUUUCAUAUUGCUUCAUCCCUCGGGAAACAAUUUCCUGCCGAACAGGCUUUCCCAAAUACCUCAGCAUUUGCAGGAGUCGGUCCUGUCUUGCACAGUUUCCGCGUCUAUGAUGUCCGGCAUAGUAGUGAGAAAGAUUAUCUUAGCAGCGACGGCUUGGCCAAAAACUCCUGCGUGUCCAAAGAUGUUCCUAACAAUGUGGACUUGUCCAAAUUCGAUGGUUGUGUUAGUGAUGGGAAAAGGAAACCUAUUUUGAUGUGUUUCUUGUGCAAGUUGUCUUUUGGCUAUGUAAAGUCAUUUGUAACCCAUGCUGUGCAUGACCAUCGGAUGGGCCUCAAUGAAGAAGAGCAGAAGCUCCUAAAUAAUAAAUAUAUUUCUGCCAUCAUACAGGGGAUAGGCAAAGACAAGGAACCUCUAAUAAGCUUUCUGGAACCAAAAAAUUCAAAUUCUAUUCAUCCACGUUUUUCUAGUGCAAACCUCAUAGGUCCCGAUCCAACCUACCGUGGAUUGUGGAGUGCAUUUCAUGUAGAAAAUGGUGAUUCUUUUCAGGCAGGUCUUGCAUUCUUGAAAGGAAGCGCGAGCACUGCCGGUUCAUCAGAUCAGUCACUCGGGAACACAGUGCACAAAGCUGAAGCAAACCUGGGGGGAUUGUCUUGUUCAGCUCUGACCACCCCAAUUACCUCAGCUUCCUUCAGUCGCUCGUCAUCUGGGUCAAAACAGUUGUCAGGGAGCAAGGACCAAGAGAGUAACUGUGAAAGAGCAAAAGAAGCAUUUGUCUUGCAUCCAGAUGGAGAGUUACAAAUCAAAAGUGAGCCCAUCGAGCAAAUGGAUGAUGAUGAAGACGACGACACAUAUUCCAAUGAACUCGAUGAUGACGAGGCAUUGUUGUCAAGUGGAUUAGUGGACCGUAAUAGUAGCAAAGAUUUCCCUAUCUCAAACCAAAGCAUUUCUAUGUCUCCUUUAAUGCCCAGUAUGCUAAAUUUAAAUGAAAAGGGUACAUCUUCCUCGGUGACUGUUUUUGAUGCCUUGGACAAGGCAAAGCAGCAUCCUGUACACAGGGAUAGUUGCAGUGAAAAUAUCUAUAGCAUUGGUGGCAAGGACUUUGCUGGUGCCGGUAAAGAUUAUGCCACAACCCCUCAACCAAAUGACUCGAUCCAUGGAGAUGAUGAUAGUCCUGGUUCUCAUCACCAGCACAGCUGCAACCCGUGCACACUAGGGGCAGGUGACAGUCCACCAGGAAGCAGUGUUGAGUGUCCCAAAUGUGACACGGUCCUUGGCUCAUCACGAUCUUUAGGUGGCCAUAUGACUAUGAUGCAUUCACGGAACUCGUGUAAGACAUUGAAAUGUCCCAAAUGUAACUGGCACUACAAAUAUCAACAAACACUUGAGGCACAUAUGAAGGAAAAACACCCUGAGCCUGGCAGCUCUUGUGUGUAUUGUACGACUGGGCAACCUCACCCUAGGCUAGCCAGGGGUGAGAGUUACACUUGUGGCUAUAAACCCUUCCGCUGUGAGGUUUGUAACUACUCUACAACUACCAAAGGCAACCUCAGUAUUCAUAUGCAGUCAGACAAGCACCUAAACAAUGUUCAAAACCUUCAGAACGGCGGCGGAGAACAAAUCUUUGUGCACACUGCUCCAGGACCUACAUCUAGCCUCAGCAACUGCGGGACACCAUCCCCAUCCAAACCAAAACAAAAGCCCACCUGGCGGUGCGAGGUGUGUGAUUAUGAAACCAACGUGGCGAGGAAUCUUCGCAUCCACAUGACGAGUGAAAAGCACAUGCACAACAUGAUGCUCUUGCAGCAGAACAUGAAACAAAUCCAGCACAGUCUGCACUUGGGCCUGGCACCUGCCGAGGCCGAGCUUUACCAGUACUAUCUGGCCCAAAACAUAGGCAUGACAGGUCUGAAACUGGAAGGUCCAGCUGACCCGCAAUUUAUGCUAAAUCCAUUCCAGCUUGAUCCUGCAAAAGCUUCAGCUAUGGCAUCAGGACUAGUUACUAGCGAGCUACCACCUGAAAUGAGGCUUGCAAGUGGUCAGCUAGUGGGCGAUGACCUAUCCUUCCUUACUGCCAGUGAGAUUUCACCUUACAUCAAUGACCCUUCUCUGAGGUUGUUCCAGUGUGCUGUUUGCAACAGAUUUACCUCCGACAGCCUGGAGGCCCUGAGCUUGCAUGUGAACAGUGAACGUUCACUCCCUGAAGAGGAGUGGAAGGCUGUGAUUGGAGACGUCUACCAGUGUAAGCUCUGCAACUACAACACUCAGCUGAAGGCCAACUUUCAACUCCAUUGUAAGACAGACAAACACAUGCAGAAGUAUCAGCUGGUGGCCCACAUCAGAGAAGGUGGCAAACCUAAUGAAUGGAGGCUGAAGUGUGUAGCUAUUGGGAAUCCCGUGCAUCUGAAAUGCAAUGCCUGUGACUAUUAUACUAACAGUGUGGAUAAGUUGCGUCUUCAUUGCACCAACCAUAGGCACGAGGCAGCAGUCAAGCUGUACAAGCACUUGCAGAAGCACGAGAGUACAUCGAACCCCAAGUCUUGCUGUUACAACUGUGGCCUUUGCAACUACACUACCAAGGCCAAGCUGAACCUGGUUCAGCAUGCGAGGUCUCUGAAACACCAGCAGACAGAGAGCCUGCACAGGCUACACUUACACCAGCAGGGGCUGGCACCAGAGGAGGACAAUCUCAAUGAAAUCUUUUUCGUUAAAGACUGCCCACCAAGUGAGCCUGACGAGCAAAGUGAAGACUCUGAAGGUCCUAGUAAAACCAUUGUUGCAGCUGCUGCUACUGAUAACAAGGACACCAGUGAAAAAGACAACAAAGAAAACAAGAAGUCUGACAAAGACUCUGGAACUGAUGUGAUAUAUUCAGAAUCACAACAAAGUCCUUUGGUGGAAAAACGGUCGCUGCCGCACAGGGGAGAUGAAGACUUUCCUUCCAAGAGACCUCGUUCGUCUGGUAACAGUAAACAAAAUCAGGAGCAGCUUUACCAGUGCCCUUACUGUAAUUAUAACAGUAAGGAUGCAAACAGGAUCCAGAUGCAUGUCAUGUCCCAGCAUUCCAUGCAGCCCGUCAUCUGCUGCCCUCUCUGUCAGGAUGUUCUCAGCAACAAGAUACAUCUCCAGCUCCACCUGACCCACUUACACAGCGUGACACCUGACUGUGUGGAGAAGCUACUCACAACCGUAUCUCUUCCAGAUGGAAUGAACUCCACCAGCAUAUUGCCCUCCACUGGUUCUGAGAAACUGCAAUGUUUCCUCAGCAAUACUGCAACAGUGACAGCGGAAGAAUCAUGUCAACCAUCUGGUGAAUUUUCAUCAGAGGGAAGGUUUUAUAUGGUCUCGGACAGCUCCAAGUCUGGAAGUGAGUCAAAACCCGAGGAGCAGCAAGUGCCAAAGGAAUCUUCAGAUCCAGCUGAUUGGAAGAAGGAUGGAAGUCAACGGUUUAAAAUUUCCGAUUCUUUGCAAGAUCAACUCAACGAACUUCAGAAAAGGCAACAGUUGCCCGUAUCUGAUCGGCAUGUGUACAAGUAUCGCUGCAGUCAAUGCAGUCUGGCUUUCAAGACCAUGCAGAAACUUCAGAUUCAUUCUCAGUAUCAUGCCAUCCGGGCUGCCACCAUGUGCAGCUUGUGUCAGCGCAGCUUCCGUACGUUCCUGGCUUUAAAGAGACAUUUAGAAACCAGUCAUCCUGAACUAAGCGAGUCUGAGGUACAACAGAUUUGUGGGAGUUAUCACGUGAAUGGGGAGUUCUGGUCAGAAAAUGACAUCAUCAGUCAGGACGAUAACAUCCUAAGACAGGAAAUGGAUAAAGAGGAAGAAAUGGACCAGGAUGGGAAAGUCAGCCCAGCAGGAAGUGACAGUAGCUCCAUUCUAGAUGAUUUAAGUGCAGAACCAAAGCGAACACUGCCUUUCCGUAAAGGUCCAAAUUUUACAAUGGAAAAGUUUUUAGAUCCUUCCCGACCUUAUAAGUGCACGGUGUGCAAAGAGUCUUUCACUCAGAAGAACAUUCUCUUGGUUCACUAUAAUUCAGUAUCUCAUCUGCACAAAUUAAAAAAAGUUCUCCAAGAGGCAUCGAGUCCAGUUCCACAAGAAUCCAGCAACAGCGUAGAUAACAAGCCCUACAAGUGCAACACAUGUAAUGUUGCGUACAGCCAAAGCUCAACAUUGGAAAUACAUAUGAGAUCUGUGCUCCACCAGACAAAAGCAAGGGCAGCCAAACUGGAAGCUGGCAAUUGUGGCGCUGGAAGUGGAAACAGUAGUGUGAGCAACAGUACCAGCGGGCCUGCCACUGGUCAAAUGACUGCAGAUUCUCACGGGAAGGCAUCAGUUAGUAAUAAAGAUACCAAUGCAGAUAUCAAAGAAACAAUCAAGAAACAGUUGAGUGAUACAACUUCACCACAUUCUGCCCACCAUCACCCUCAGUCACCAGCACAAGCACAGGCCCAGGACCAAGCCCAGGCUCAGGCCCAGGCUCAGGCCCAGGCUCAGGCCGAGGCUCAGGCCCAGGCACAAGCUCAGGCUAUGGCACAAGCACAGGCACAAAUGCAUCUGCACCACGAGCUGCAGCAACAAGCUGCUUUCUUUCAGCCUCAGUUCCUAAACCCAGCAUUGUUGCCGCACUUCCCAAUGACAGCCGAAGCCUUGCUGCAGUUACAACAGCCACAGUUCCUCUUUCCUUUUUACCUGCCAGGCACUGAAUUCAAUCUAAACUCAGAUCCGGGUUUGCCUGGCACUGGGGCCUUUGGAAUAUCUGCGAUGACAGGAUCAUUGCUGGACGACCUAAAGCAACAGGUACAAGGACAGCACCUGCUGCAAAUCCAGCAACAAUACGGCCAACAACACCAAGCCAUGCAGUCACAGCAACUGUCACAAAAACAACAGCAGCAAGUAGUUAAACCAACAAAGCAGGAACAAAAUGUUUUCAAUUCAACUGAAACCCAGAAAGACACUUAUUCGCAGAAAGACGGCGAGGAACAAAUGGAAGCAAUAGAAAGUAAGGCGCACCAUGAUUUUUUAAGUGAAUGCGAUGCUUCCAAAGAGAAUAAAGAGCUUAAAAAGCAGAAGUCAGUGGAACUGAUGCUUCCACCGCCUCGUAUUCCAUCUGGUGUGAGAGGUAAUGCAGCAAAGGCUUUACUGGAAAACUUUGGCUUUGAGUUGGUCAUCCAGUUCAAUGAAAAUAAGCAGAAAGUCCAGAAGAGAAACAAGAAUGGCGAGAAUGAGAGGACAGACAAACUUGAAUGUGAGGCGUGCGGCAAACUAUUUUCAAACAUACUUAUUCUGAAGAGUCACCAGGAGCACAUUCAUUGUCAGUUUUUCCCAUUUGGAGAGCUGGAAAUAUUUGCAUGUCACUAUAGGGAAGCGUAUGAUAAGCUAUAUCCGGUAAUACCAUCCUCACCGGAAUCGCCAGCACCUCCACCGCCGCCUCCUCCUCCUCCUCCUCCUCCUCCUCCUCCUCCUCCUCCACCGCCACCACCUCCUCCACCACCACCACCUCCCUCAACAGGGAAUGGCAAACUCCAAACGUCCGUCCCAUCUCCAUUACCACCUCCACCACCACCACCUCCUCCACCUCCCCCACCCCCACCUCCUCCUCCUCCUUCCUCUCAAUCCCAGAUUCAGAUGCCCAUAUCCCUGGAUCUGCCUCUCUUCUCCCCGAUCAUGAUGCAGCAUUCCUCUUUGCCGCCCCAGCUCACCUUCCAACUGCCGACCAUGGAGUCUCUAUCUGCAGACCUCACUCAGCUUUGCCAACAGCAGUUGGGCUUGGACCCUAAUUUCCUGAGGCAUCACCAAUUCAAACGCCCACGCACGAGAAUCACAGAUGACCAACUCAAGAUCUUGCGGAAUUAUUUUGACAUUAAUAAUUCACCGUCUGAAGAACAGAUCCAAGAAAUGUCUGAAAAAUCAGGACUUCCUCAGAAAGUCAUUAAACAUUGGUUUCGCAACACUCUCUUUAAAGAGAGACAAAGAAAUAAGGAUUCACCGUACAACUUCAACAAUCCACCUAUAACCACACUGGAAGAAUCCAGAAAUGAUACUUAUUUUAAUACGGGAGAAUAUUACAGGACUGACGGUACAAUAAAUAAACGCUCAUCCAGGACGCGAUUCACUGACUACCAGUUGAGGGUUCUGCAGGACUUUUUUGAUACUAAUGCUUAUCCAAAAGAUGAUGAAAUAGAACAGUUAUCCACAGUUCUAAACCUACCUACACGAGUAAUUGUUGUGUGGUUCCAAAAUGCUCGUCAGAAAGCGCGAAAGAGUUUCGAGAACCAAGCAGAUACUAAAGACAAUGAAAGAAGGGAGCUAACCAAUGAACGCUAUAUUCGAACCAGUAACAUGCAGUAUCAGUGUAAAAAAUGCAAUGUAGUGUUUCCUCGAAUUUUUGACCUAAUCACCCAUCAGAAGAAGCUGUGUUACAACGAUGAGGAUGAUGAUUGUCAGGAUGAUAGUCAAACAGAAGAUUCAAUGGAUGCGAUGGACCAAAUGAUGUCGAGUAAUCUCGAUACAUCUGGACCAACAGACUCAUCAAAAUCUACUGCAGGAAAGGUGAUGGGAUGUGGUUCUAAAUCGGGUUCAAGUUCUGGUUCCAGCACCCCUCUGAUGCCUUCGCCCAAACUAGAAAUGGAGAAAUACUCGCCCCGAUCUAACUUACCAGUAGAGAAACCAAAGCAAGUUGAGGCAGCUCAACCCUCUCAAAUGGCCAAACCAACAUUGUCACCUCUAUCAGAGCCACAACCAUUAGCACCUCAGCACAAGCAGUCCCAACAAACAAUAGCGCAACCUCAUUCGCAGCCUCAAAGUACCACCGUGCGUCCCUCCAGCCCUCUGUCUGUGGCAGUCACCUCUUUACAGAACAGCCUACCUCCUCAGAUGUUGCAGUACCAGUGUGACCAGUGUAAAUAUGCCUUUCCAACUUUGGAACUUUGGCAGGAGCACCAGCACAUUCAUUUUUUGGCAGCCCAAAACCAGUUCCUCCAUUCGCAAAUCUUAGACAGAUCUUUAGAUAUGCCCUAUAUGGUUUUUGAUCCUAACAGUCCACUCAUGGGAGGGCAGUUGCUUCCUGGACCCCUCGCACAGAUAUCCUCCCAGACUGGUUCAUCAGUUCCAACACCCUCCAAUACAGCUUUGGGAACAGUUAAGCGUAAAUUGGAAGAGAAGGAAGAGAAUAAUCAGAUGGAAAAAGAAGGCUCAAAUUGCAGUGACGAGCCACAUCGUGAUAAAAGGCUAAGGACAACGAUUACACCAGAACAGCUUGAGGUGCUGUAUGAAAAAUACUUGUUGGAUUCUAACCCUACUCGAAAAAUGUUGGACCACAUUUCAAACGAAGUAGGUCUAAAGAAACGCGUGGUUCAGGUUUGGUUUCAGAACACCAGGGCGCGUGAAAGAAAGGGGCAGUUUCGUGCUCUGGGCCCAAGCCAGUCUCACAGAAGGUGCCCUUUUUGCCGAGCCCUUUUCAAAGCAAAAACGGCACUUGAAACGCACAUCCGUUCUCGACAUUGGCACGAAGCCAAGCAAGCAGGCUACAGUCUCCCCCCGAGCCCAAUUAUGCCACAAGAUUAUGAUGGUGAAAGUCCACAGAAAGAUAAUUAUUUUGAAUUUCCAACAUUACUUUUUUCCAAGAUUGACGCGCUGAGCGAAAAUGAUCACUCGACAGUUUCAACACCUGUGAGUAAAACAGCAGACAUGUCGCCAAAACAUCUUCUGAGCCCUACAUUGUUCAAAUCAGAAUGCAAUGAAGACUUGGGGAGCCCAAACAUGGUCCCUGCUGUUGUCAAUUUUGAGCUGAAUAAGACAGAUUAUGAUGAAACAUCUUCUGUUAACACCGCUGUAAGUGAUGGAAGUACAGGAGAUGAAGGGAACAAUGAAAAUGAAAACCUUACAGGUAGUACCUCGGAGAAUAAAGCUACUGAGUCUGCAGAUGACCUAAGGGCAUCAAUAGCUUGUGAUCAAUUGUCAAUGACGACCACAACUCCCACGGUUGACUAUUAUGAUGAGAAAUUUUCUGUGAGCUUACCUAGCCCUUCUCUAAGCUUCAUAUCAAGAGAGAAUGACUUGGAUGACAGUGUUGACCGAAGUGAGACAUCGAGUUUUGCUGAUCCCUGUUCUCCAAGU